AUGCGUUUACAACACUACAGUGCAUUCGUCUACUCGCUGCUUCCCGGCGUCCCUGGUCUACACAGAAACUCCACUCGCCGAUCCGCCUCUCGACCUCGCUGUUGGAAACCAGCCCCGAUCGACUGCGGCUUCCUACUUCGGCACACAGCUUGUAGCCUCGACCUCGCUGUUGGAAACCAGCCCCGAUCGACUGCGGCUUCCUACUUCGGCACACAGCUUGUAGCAGCGAGGGAAUGCAUGCGCAAAGCACAGGAACAUCAAGCCAGAAACUACGACAAACGACGUUCCGCAGUCAGUUCCAACCCGGGCGACUUGGUUCUAGUGGAUUCGCACGCCCUCUGUAGCGCCCAGGGCGAGCAACCCCAAAAGUUCGCCACACGAUGGGUUGGACCGUUUGCGGUCGGCUCUCGGAUCAACGCGUUUGCGUACAUCAUCGAUAUACCCCCAACGUGGAGAUGCCACCACACUAUUAACUUGGGCUUCUUAAAACAGUUUAGCGAAUCUCUGCGGUUCCCUCGCACUCUGGAAAGGAAACCGCAGCAACGACCUCGCGAGCGUCCCCGCCUCGAGGACACAGAGAUUCUCGAGGCGCAUAUUAACGUCCGCCGCGGCCAUCGGAAACGCGAAUAUUACGUCAAAUGGCCGGGCACAUGUGAUCCCGAGAGGGUUUCGGAGGAUCGAUUACGGGAAGCGAUCCUCCCCCAACAGCUAAGCGCCCUCGUUGACCUCGCAGCAACUACACCUAGUGUGUGCAUGCAGGCAGGUCGCGGGAGUGGGUAA